AUGUCAACUCCUCCUCGCAAAACCGACCGAGUCUCUCUCGCGCGUCUCCAUCACCCGCAAUCUCCCUUUGGUCGCGCGCGAGACGCAAGCUACGAGUUCGACCUUGAGAAUUCCAAUUUCCCGACUCCAUCCAAGCAGAAUGCUACGCGUCCCCGACACAGCUAUCGGACCGGUACUCUAGCGGGCGCAUAUCGAGCGACCUCGCGCACGAGCAUGUCCGACGAAGCUACUGGACUCGGACUGUCCACCAGCCCACGAAUGGGUCGCGAUUCCGUUGUCUUGCGCUCGCCCUCCUCGCAGACGUCAAACCCACCCGAAGAACUUGUCGACGCAUACAGGAGAAUUGAAGAGGAUGGGACCCUUGCUGACUUUGUGUCGCUGGAUGGCUGGGAUGCUCAUCUGGAUGGGCGCCCGGCAAGUCGCUCGUCGCCAAGGUCAAAAAUGAGAGAAAGAGAAUACGAAGGACGCGCAUUUUCGGAGGCUGGCUUCCUGGAAGAUUUUGCAGAACAGUCACCACGCCCAGGGAGAAGGACUAGCGAUUACACCAGAGAUGAGCAGCGCCUGCGACGUGUCACGGGCAAGGACUCGCCGGUGUUCAGCAAGGGGACCGUCGGCGCACGAUCUGCUUUGACAGCAGAACAUCUACAACGACGUGAAGACGAGGAGCUGCACCCCGAGCCAGAAGAUGAUGCAGGAGAGAAAGGCCCAUCAUUGAACCUCCCGCGUACAUGGGGCAGUCGAGCAACCCGCCGGCAAGAAUGGCUCAGGAAUGUCAGUGGAGGUUCUGAAUCGGAGUCACGAGAACUAAAGGGGGAGAAGAACACAUCAAGUAAAGCUCCAGCACUCAGGAUGAGACCCGAAAACGAUUCAGCCCCGAGGCCUUCAGUCCGCCCUUCUAACCGGUCCUCGGAACGAACCCAAAUCCCCGCCCGAAGCGCUCUCGGAGAAAGAACGGCCAAUUUGUACACUCGCGAUGGACAAGAGAACAGUGAGGAAAAGACCUCUGGUCCGGACCAGAACGUAAUCACGGAUGACGGUGCUGCUAUCCCGAACACUCCCAUCGUUGUCUACAAGAAUUCGAAAUUCACUAAGCCGAGUCCGACGAAACGAGAUUCACAGGAGCUCCUUCGCAAGCUAUCAAGAGCCGAAAGCCCCAAACUCGGCCAGAUCCAAACUCCUGAUCCACCGAAGCUCUUCGAAAGAAGAAUCUACGACAAAACCCCAAGGGUAACUGGCGCAUGGAUUGAUACACCGAUGACCGAGCGAGUGGCCGAGAAGGUUCCGGAACUUCCUGCAGAUUUGACCAAAAAUCUUGGUCCAGCAUCGGUGGACCUUCCAAAGGAAACAGAAGAUUCGACACGACAAGAAAAGCCGACGGCAGUUGUCACUUCGCAGCCAGAAGAAAUUAAGCCUGAGCUAAGCCCGCCAAGCACUAUUGAAUAUCUAGACUCUGAGAUGCAACCAGCGAAGAGAAACAGGCCGCUUUUAGCUCGACCGAAACUGCCAAAAAGUGGCCUGGAAACCGUCAUUGAAGAUGUUAAUUCUGGCAAGGAAGCACUCGAUCUGGGAGAUGAUACUCUCGAAUCUCUCCAGGCUAUCAUGGAUGACAAGACUGAAUUGAAAAGUGAAGAAGAGGAGGAAGUGGCUUAUGAACAAGAAGUACUUGAGAGGCUUAGGCUGACUAGUUCGAACGGGCAUGACUCGGUUGAUCUCGACCGACUGAACGAGAAGCUCCAGUCGUUGAUGAGGAACAUCAACGAGGUAAAGAAUGGUCUUAAUAGCCUUGAAGGACAUGUUACUAGGGAUAUCGCCAUCGCGGGACGGCCUACAUCUCCAAUAAAAGAGCGCCAGCAGGGCGUGCACCCUCACGACAGCGAACACUGUGAGAAGUGUGUCCAUUCUGACGGUCGUAUCUACGCGGCUAUCCCAUUCCCUCGUCUCUGGAAGCGCAAUGCAGCCAGCCGGCGGGUCCAGCUCACCCAUUUGGGCUUGUUCACUGUCGUGUCGCUGACCUGGUAUGUUAUCGAGUGUGUGAUGUGCGAGCAGUACUCUCAUCCGAUCAUCUCCGAUACAUGCGAUGGCUAUUGCCUCCAGCCGGAUGCACCUUGGUUCCCCUUUGUGACUGUGACCAUGCUCUGGCGAUGGUCUCAUUUGUCGGCUGUCCUUGCACCCGUAAUGACAAUCGCCGUCGCCAUCUUCCGACUUGUGGCGCAACUGCUGGGUCUGUGGGAUGGCUACGUUGAUGAAGGGCCCCGGUUGAGUAACAUUGUCGGAGAGGUCCGCAUUAACGGUACUCCCGUCGCGUUUCCCUGGCUGUUACCUCCAGGCAAGAGUGGUGCACCCCCUCCACUGGCAUCUCCACCGCCCCAGCCUGCAUGGACUCCACGCACCGAAGCACCCAAUGGAGAUGAAGACCAAGGGUCUAUGGAUGAUGACGAAUAUGUUUAA